AGCGAGAGCGCGAAGGAAAUCUGGCCCCUGACGCGUGCGCGCUGCCGUGAAAGAAAAGCACAAGAAGUAAAGAAACUUUCACAGUGGUUGUUGAUUUGACUGUUACGCGGAUCCCCUCCGAAUCGGAAAAAAGCAGGUUGAAAGUCAUGAUGCUAAUGGAACCCAAAGAAUAAAAUAUUUAACAUCAAGCUGCCGAAACGUAGAAGCUGAUUCUGUCACAAUGUCAGAUGCCUUUGGAAAAUUCUACAUUCCUCUUAGAUGAAUCUUUAGAACUUGGUGAGUUUCACUAGAUACCUUCAGUCUUCAUUUUGAGCUCAGAGUCCAUCAAUCCUGAGUGUCAUUUUGAUGAAAUUUUAUGAAGUCAACGCUUGUUUAACCAAUAUCAAGAUCAAGAUAUAGAACAUUUUCAUGAACCCAGGAGCCUCCUUCAUGCCCCCUAACAGUCAUCACAUACUCCGGAGAAUUCUGAGACUGAUGGUCAGCCAUAUAGAAGAAUACAUUGAACCUGUAGUUUUCUGAAGAAACAGUUCAAAAGAACCAAAAAAUACAAAAGGAGAAGUACAAAUGUCUACCACAAGACGAAAACGUAGUAUGUUAUGUUGUUUACCGUAAGCUGUAGUAAAAUGAGCUCGAUGAUUGACAGAGAUGAUGGUAGUAUUUUUGAUGGGUUGGUGGAAGAAGAUGACAAGGACAAAGCAAAAAGAGUAUCUAGAAACAAAUCUGAAAAGAAACGUAGAGAUCAAUUUAAUGUUCUCAUUAAAGAACUGGGAUCCAUGCUUCCUGGUAAUGCUAGAAAGAUGGACAAAUCUACUGUUCUACAGAAGAGCAUCGAUUUUUUACGAAAACAUAAAGAAAUUACUGCACAGUCAGAUGCUAGUGAAAUUCGACAAGACUGGAAACCUACAUUCCUUAGUAAUGAAGAGUUUACACAAUUAAUGUUAGAGGCUCUUGAUGGUUUUUUUUUAGCAAUCAUGACAGAUGGAAGCAUAAUAUAUGUGUCUGAGAGUGUAACUUCAUUACUUGAACAUUUACCAUCUGAUCUUGUGGAUCAAAGUAUAUUUAAUUUUAUCCCAGAGGGGGAACAUUCAGAGGUUUAUAAAAUACUCUCUACCCAUCUGCUGGAAAGUGAUUCAUUAACCCCCGAAUAUUUAAAAUCAAAAAAUCAGUUAGAAUUCUGUUGUCAUAUGCUUCGAGGAACAAUAGACCCAAAGGAGCCGUCCACCUAUGAAUAUGUGAAAUUUAUAGGAAAUUUCAAAUCUUUAAACAGUGUAUCCACUUCAGCACACAAUGGUUUUGAAGGAACUAUACAACGCACACACAGGCCUUCUUAUGAAGAUAGAGUUUGUUUUGUAGCUACUGUCAGAUUAGCUACACCUCAGUUCAUCAAGGAAAUGUGCACUGUUGAAGAACCUAAUGAAGAGUUUACAUCUAGACAUAGUUUAGAAUGGAAGUUCCUAUUUCUAGAUCACAGGGCACCACCCAUAAUAGGAUAUUUGCCAUUUGAAGUUCUGGGAACGUCAGGCUAUGAUUACUAUCAUGUGGAUGACCUAGAAAAUUUGGCAAAAUGUCAUGAGCACUUAAUGCAAUACGGGAAAGGCAAAUCAUGUUAUUAUAGGUUCCUGACCAAAGGACAACAGUGGAUUUGGCUUCAGACUCAUUAUUAUAUCACUUAUCAUCAGUGGAAUUCAAGGCCAGAGUUUAUUGUUUGUACUCACACCGUAGUAAGUUAUGCAGAAGUUAGGGCUGAAAGACGACGAGAACUUGGCAUUGAAGAGUCUCUUCCUGAGACAGCUGCUGACAAAGGCCAAGAUUCUGGGUCUGAUAAUCGUAUAAACACAGUCAGUCUCAAGGAGGCAUUGGAAAGAUUUGAUCACAGCCCAACCCCUUCUGCUUCCUCCCGGAGUUCAAGAAAAUCAUCUCACACAGCAGUCUCGGACCCUUCCUCAACACCAACAAAGAUCCCAACGGAUACUAGCACUCCUCCCAGACAGCAUUUACCAGCUCAUGAAAAGAUGGCACAAAGGAGGUCAUCAUUUAGUAGUCAGUCCAUAAAUUCCCAGUCUGUUGGUCAGUCAUUGACACAGCCAGUGAUGUCUCAAGCUGCAAAUUUACCAAUUCCACAAGGCAUGUCCCAGUUUCAGUUUUCAGCUCAAUUGGGAGCCAUGCAGCAUCUGAAAGACCAACUGGAGCAACGGACACGGAUGAUAGAGGCAAAUAUUCAUCGGCAACAAGAAGAACUAAGAAAAAUUCAAGAACAACUUCAAAUGGUCCAUGGUCAAGGUCUGCAGAUGUUUUUACAACAGUCAACCCCUGGAUUGAAUUUUGGUUCUGUUCAACUUUCUUCUGGAAAUUCAUCUAACAUCCAGCAACUCGCGCCUAUAAGUAUGCAAGGCCAGGUUGUUCAAACUAACCAAAUUCAAAGUGGAAUGAAUACUGGACACAUUGGCACAACUCAGCAUGUGAUACAACAGCAGACUUUACAAAGUACAUCAAGUCAGCAGAGUCAACAGAAUGUACUGAGUGGGCACAAUCAACAAACAUCUCUUCCCAGUCAGACACAGAGCACUCUUACAGCCCCACUGUAUAACACUAUGGUGAUUUCUCAGCCGGCAGCUGGAAGCAUGGUCCAGAUUCCAUCUAGUGUGCCACCAAACAGUACCCAGAGUGCAGCAGUAACUACAUUCACUCAGGACAGACAGAUAAGAUUUUCUCAAGGUCAGCAACUUGUGACCAAAUUAGUAACUGCUCCUGUGGCUUGUGGGGCAGUCAUGGUACCUAGUGCUAUGCUUAUGGGUCAGGUGGUGACCGCCUACCCUACCUUUGCUACACAACAGCAGUCACAGACAUUGUCAGUCACACAGCAGCAGCAGCAGCAGCAGAGUGGCCAGGAACAGCAGCUUGCUUCAGUUCAGCAACCGUCUCAGGCUCAGCUGACCCAACCACCACAGCAGUUUUUACAGACUUCUAGGUUGCUCCAUGGGAAUCCUUCAACUCAGCUUAUCCUCUCUGCUGCAUUUCCACUACAACAGAGCACUUUCCCUCAAUCACAUCACCAGCAGCACCAGUCUCAGCAACAGCAGCAACUGAGUCGGCACAGGACUGACAGUCUGACUGAUCCUUCCAAGGUUCAACCACAGUAGCACACAUGCCUCCUCUCUGACCUCAAGGGAGGAAGGGUUGGCCCAUAAAGAGUUGCUCAGAUGAUCUGAGGACAGGAGGAAAAGUUGCAGCAGUUCAUGAGAUGCAGUAUUGAGUGUUCAAGUUCCUGGAAUUAGUUAAUGCUGCCUAGUGCUACAGAUGUCCAUUAAAUACCAGCCAGCAGGAGAUGAUCAUAGGGCCAUAGCCAAUUCUGACAGUGUUUUACUUGCCCAGAAAUUUUUUGAUGGAAAAAGAGUAUAUUGCCAAAUGUUUAGAAGCUCAGCUAUGAAACGUGACCUCCAGUGAAUCAGAAAGGCACUAACAAUGAUGUUAGUAACUUUUAGUGGUUCUGUGCCUGUUUUCAAGUGUUACAGAGGACACACCACUGCCAUGUCAGGGGUUUGCUUACAAUGAUGCCAUGAAGACAGUCCAGUAGACUCAGUAGGCCCCCUUCCCCACCCCCUCUCCCUUUUCAGAUGAUGGAACAGUAAUGAAUUUCAGAAUGUUAUAUGGGUUUUAAUUCUCUAUGUACAGAUGCUGUAAAAAUAUUAUGUAUAUGUCUGGAUAAAAGGAGAGAAAGCAAAACAUUUUGUAUGCUGCAUGAAAGCAUUAUCUACUCCUCAUAGGUAUGAGUACAUUUCCUUAGAUCUUGAUGCCCUGUGCAAACUAAUGCAUCCUCCGUUUCCCCUUUUGUUUACAAAUGAUAGUGUUCACUUUUCCGGGGCACAAGUCUUUUUGUUCAUACUUUGGCUGUGAUGUCACAGUUGGUUCAGUGAGGUAUGAUGUGCUGCUGGGAAUGGAUUUUUUUUUUUUCAGGUUAAAUUAUUGAAACAACAGGAUUUACUCAGAAAUAUAUCCCUCAUUUCAUUAUUUUUCAAUUAUGUUUGAAAAUAGGAUUUGCACUGCUUUAUUUUAGAUGGGUGGGAGUUUUGAUCACAUAUUUUGAUAUAGUUUGUAGUUGGAAAUAGUUGCGUAAAUGGUUUUCAACAAGCCUGAAAGUAAUUUCAAGAAUGUUUCAGUUACAGGAGUAAAAUUUGCACACAAAACAUUUUAGGCACUUUUUAACAUUCUCACUGGUGGGAAUUUUAACUUUUAGGAUUUGUUGGAAUCUUUUUAUUAUCCUUCACAAUUUCAAUGCUUCUUUUAGUCAGAAAUGAUUCAGGGUUAUUUGAGGGGAAAAAAAAACCCAUAGUGCCUUGAUUUUGAUUCAGGUGAUAACUCACCAUCUUGAAUUCAUUUUCUGGUUUCAGUAGCAGUUUUGAAACCUUAGUACAUUUUUAAUUAGCAUGUGGGUAUCAGUGCCAUUAUUAUUCUCCUAAGUUCCUAUGAAGGCUGCUGUGAGUCUUUUGGACUGGAGGUACAAAUAAUUUAGAAACAAAAGGUGACAUCCUAACACUAUCAGAGUUACUAAUGUGGUUACAAAAUUGUUCUCCUAAAUCAGCAUCUUCCUUUAAAGCUAAGUAGUCAUUUAAGAAUUACCAGUUAAUAUUUGCUCAAUAUGAUCUUGAUAUUCCUACAGAGAAAAAAGGAGGAGUAGGAAUUGGCUUUACCUUCACUACAAUGCUAGAAUAUUGUAACUCACAUGCUUUUUAAACAUGAACUAAGAUUUCAUUUGGCAAUAUCAUUCUAAAGGUAAUAAAUUCCAACAGAAAUUGCAUACAUAAAAAAAGCAUUUUAUAGAUUUUUAUGGUACUAAUAAUUAAAUUUGAAACUAUAGAGCAAAGGAAGAUUAAUGGAAAAUAUCUGAUUAGAAUAUCAAAAAUUAUUACUGAGGAAAGGGAAGACAACAAGCUGUAAUAAAUCAGAAUUGACCUUAAAAGAAAAUGUGUAACAGAAUUGAGGUUGUUAAACAGAAAAGGUUUUGAGCAGUGAAAAUACCCUAAUACAGAAUUGCUAGAUGAAGGAGUCAAAGAACUCUAAGUCAGUUCUUAAGACUUUUCUGUCCUCAGCUUUGCUAUCAUCGUUAAAGGAUAUCCUUUGUCUUUCUGUAGAAAACUACACCUGGCCACACUUAAAUUAGAACAUUAAUGUUGAAAGAGAAAACAACCAAAGAAAGUUGGUACCUACCCUUCUACAAAAGAAGUGUCACUAGAUACCAAUCAAUAAUUAACAUAUCAAGGAGCUCCUCCUCUAGCUAAAUGAUCAUCCAGAAGAGAUUUCUGACUUUCUCAUGAAUGUCAAGAUUAGUUGUCAGAAUGUGUGUACUUGAGCAUACAUACACAUACACAAAGAUAAAAUUGAUGUAGAAUAUGGCAACAGUGUUAAUUUUCUCCCCUUUCAAAUUGCCUUUCUUAACCUUCCCAUGCCAUUCCAUAUAUAUCUGAGUUGUGCCUCAUUUAUGUGUUGGUGAUAUCUAGUGAUGGGAUUUAGCUAACAAACAAUAGGAAGAACUGUUAUAUUAAGGUUUAUCCUCUAAGUACCAUACUUACAAAUGGUGAACCCCGUGAGUACUGUGUACUUAAAGUGGUUAACAAAGGCAAAGCAUAAGACAAGCCACAGGGCAAAUCUGUACUCUUUGUUUAUUCACAUACUGCUCUACCAGUUUCUUCAAGUAUUUUCCAUCCUCACAAAUAUUUGGGAAAGAAAAUUAGACAAAAUUUUGCUUUAUAACUCCUGUUGUCCCUCACAGCUCAUUGUUUUUCCCGCUUAGAACUGACUGCGAAAAUUUUAAAGGAGCAGCUGGCUGCUUUUCCUUUGCUAUCAAUAUCAAGCAUUGUGGCGGCAGAGCUCGUCAGCACCAACUGCCUCUUAGCUCCUUCUUUAACUUUGUUUUCCUCCUGCUUCCCUUGAACCAGGACUGCAAAGCUGUCCCUGCCCCUCCCCCAUGAAUGGGGACUUGGGCGUCUGGUGAAGAUUCAGCAGGUGCCUGUUCUUCAUUUCUGUAGCCAAAGCUGUUAAUUAAAAUCCCAAAUCUAAGUCAUGAAAAAAUACCAAAUAAGAACACCUUUCAGCUACUUAAAAAUCAUAUCUUCCCUCUGCUUUAUUCUCAUAGAUACUCAGUUUUUCUUAAAAACAUUUAUUCUGGGUGGCACUUCUUAGAUAAGAAACUGUUGAAGAUAAGGAAAAAUGUUAGCAGUUAGUUAUCUUGAUUUGGACUGCUGUGGGACUGGGUGAGUCAGUGUUAUUUUAACAACUACAUGCGGACUACAAGGAUUAAUAAAGUUGCUGCUGGGAAUAGUAUUAAAGCAGAACCGAGACACUCUGUUUUUUGAGUGGAAAAUAUUAGUGGAAAAGCAAAUAUGGACGAUGGGGGUAGCAUGUAGGUAAAUAUUACACUUCAGUCUCCAAAGUCUGUCCUAAAUUGAGGGGAUAAUUUGAGUCCUGUGCUCUGCUUUGUCACUUAAAUCUGGUUUCAGAAUGUACUAGUAAUAAAAGGAUGCCAAUGACUUGUGCUAGUUUGCUGUGGAAUCCGCAGUGCAGAGUAGUGACGAUGUUGCUAGGGUUCUCCGUUAGGGCUGUGGUUGUGGGCCAUUGCCUUAAAGAGGUCUGCCCGCGGUUGGUUAAGGGCAGCGCAGCAGCACAGCUCUGUAAAGGGCACUGCACGUGAGGGAAGAUGAACCCUUGUUCAAGAAGCCUUAGAAAGGGGCCCCUUAAAAUACUACUCUAUUUGCCUGCAGUACACAGACAGGUAAAAAUUAUUUUAAACUGGAUAUUACUCAGCGUGUUUUAAAAUGUUUCCACUACACUGAGGUAAACUUUUUUUAAGUGGAAUGCAAAUAGCAUUUUAUUCUAGUAUUGCUCAUUUCUACUUUUUUCUUUUUCUGUAUUUCUUUAGUGAUUGAAAGGUCAUUGAUGAACAUUUGUGUAAAACUCAUUCAAGUCUAUAACCUUUCCAAUAUCUGUGACCCUGUUCUGAGUCCCUCAGGAGUCAGCGUUGGAAGGUAUGAACACUGGAUAUUACUAUUGCUGAGUGAGUCUAGCCAGGAGUAAACUGUUGGGAAUUUUUCAAUGGUGGAAAAGAAGGAGCACAAAGGCGCUUGCCAUUUUAAUAGUGACUGGAGAAAGAGAAGAGAAGAUUUUUAAAUUUGUUUGGGUUGGGUGAGCAUUCUUCUAAAAGGAGCUUCUGAAGUAAUUGCAAAGGAAAAGAGUCGACUAUUUUUAUAGCAUAUUUAAUAUAUUUGUAUAUAACUAUGAAUAUAUAGUAGGAACCCUCCACAUGCCUCCCACUUUUCUAAUUUACUCCCCUUUUGCCAUACAUAGCACUAGUAUAGCCUCAUCCGCAUGGGUAACGUGCCUAUUGUCAGCCUACCAAAAGAUAGUGCUGCUGCUUCCUGAGACAGGUGAGAAGACCCGACUCUCAUGCCUGGGGAUCCUUUACGUAGGAAUAGCACACACUUUUACAACAUACCACAGUCUAAAAGCAUCAUUUUGAAAUGUAACAAGCACUUUAUUGCAAUUAUUCAUUUUGAUAAAGUUUAUUAUCUUAGGCAUUACCAUUUCUAAAGGAUCCCCAAAUCAUCACUUAGGUGAAAUUUAAAAUGACACAUUUCUGAGAAAUGUUUAGAUCCAGUGAACCGUAGUAGGUUUAUGGGAGUGAUUUCAAGGUAGCCAAAUGAACUUUGACUUUUGUUUUGAAUGUGGUGGAGUCAAGAGAUUGUAGAUGCCUAGUUCCAUUUAGACACUAUUGUAAACCUAUCUUGCCUAUUGUAUGAACACCAAAAGAGACCAAUGAGCCUGUUUAUUUUCAGAGGUCUAGGAAAACUGCAUCAGUGUGAAUAGAUGUAUAGAACUAACCUAAAAGUGAUUGGUAAUAAUAUUUUAGUAUACAAUAAUUUCAACAAUUAUUCUGGGUGUUUUAAAUGUGCUCUGAAAUGUUGGCAUGUCAUUUCAGCGUUUCCGUUUGAACUGCUCUUGUAAUAUUUUUGCACAAAAAGGACUGAGAAAAAGACUACUUUGGUUGAAGAAAAAAUAUAUAUAAUUUGGUCUUAUUUUAAUGUCUCGUGGAAACACUGGGGAUGAAUUUUGUUGGUAUAGUCAUUAAUUCAGGAUAUUUAAAACAGUAUUGAACAGCUCACAAGAAAUUAAGCAAACGUGGAUAUUUAAAAAUUAAAACUUUCUUUCCAUGUGACUGUUUUGCAUAUUUUUCCCCAUGUCAUAAUUUAACACUACAUUCCUUGUUUUUCUUAAAUAAAAUAAUACUUUGCAGGUUCUGUUUUUGAGUAUUUAACAAUAUUUUGUAAGCUGCCUGAGUUUUCCUAGGGAAAAGUUCUUUAGUGAAAUAGGACCUCGUUUAUGAAGAGACUGAGUGAAAUUCCAUCACCACCACCAGCAAACACUGAGGUGCUGCAUUAAGUGACAAUCAAAAUAGUGAGUAUUUAUGGAAGAAUUUAGACUGUGGUUUUAAAGAAGCAAUUGCUUUGAAAGCAGUUCUCUGGGUUUCUUGAAUAAAAAUAGCUAAAUGUAUUUAUUUAUAUUUUUAAAUAUCUUUGUGUUCUGUUUUCUCAUCAAAGUGACUUCACAGUGUCGUGUAUUUAAUUUGUGGUUUGUUUUGUUUUGCCUCGUAAUCUUCUUAGAGAACUGUAAGUAUCUGGGUGCAGUCUCCGGCCCUCACGACAACUUUUCAUGGGCAAUCCAAAUCUGGUUUACUUCAGGACAGCAGUGGAGGGCCCAAAUCCAGAUGCCCCUGCCUUUCCUUCCUAUUCUCAACUCAUUUAAGAAAAAAUAAAGGUAACUCCGUUCACAUCUGUUUCCUGUAGCUCCAACCUUUUUCUAGUUUCACUUGCUGCCUUUUCUAUUUUAUGGGCACUUUUUAUAUGAUUACUUCCCCAACACAGCCAAAGGCCAGUAUGACAGAACCAGUGGCACACAUUGCCUCUGUUUUGCCCAUUUGGGUGAAUGCUAGUAAAAAUGAUUUGCAACUUCUGAUGGCUGUCACUAUCAUAUCCAUAUUAAAAUCCAUUUAAAGUCCUUAAGCAUAGGUGAAACAACAUAUACACACUGCAAACUCUUCUACAAAAAUGUUUGCUGUCUUUAUAUUGUGCAAUGUCGCUUGAUCCUUUAAAAACAAAACCAAACCUCCAUACACAGCACUGUCCAGUAAAGUAGUGUUUGAGUAUCUGAAGCCUAGAAAUUUGAGGACACGUUUUAUUAGUAUGCACUGGAACAGAAUUCUCCACUUUAGGGCUCCCAGAGUUGCCCUUGAGUCCCACAGGCCAGGUACAGGGCACGCUGUCUAGCUUUUGGGAUACUUUAGAGAAUGGUAAUGAAAGCACGUCAACCACAAGUUGGAUUUAAUGAUAUAAGAAAUGUUUAACUCGGAGGUUUAAAUUGAAGAUGUGAUGUUUUCAAAUGUAUACUUUUAAAUUUCUGAGGAAGCAAACUGUGACAUCGCUUUAAAAAUGACAUUGAAAUGUUUUAUAAUGUGUGUUUUUGAGUUGGCCUGUACUGGUGCGGAUUCACUGCUGGCACUGAUUGUGCCAGUACUAGAGUUUAAAUGUAGGAAAAGCUCUGUUACCUUCACAUUGAUGUACUAUGUAACUAGACAAUCAUUAUCAAGCAAAAAAGAAAUCGCCAGGAAAUGUCCUUUUUCUUUUUGGAUAUGUCAGCCAGAACAGCUGUAAGUCAGACCAUUCUAGAAUUAUUUUGAAAUCUAUUUUACUAUGAUGUAAGAUGGGGAAAGGCCUCAGGAUGGCACUUGCACAUUCACUCUGUGUAAAGAUUGAAGCCCAAAGAUGAGUUAAAUUCAGUGCUGUAUUGAAACCAGUUAGUGCAAAAAAAAUGUUUUAUCUUUGUAAAUUUUUAAUUGUUAACAUCAAUUAGUAGCUGUGAAAACAUACACCAAAUUCUUUCUAAUGUUCUGUGUGGUUCUUAGUGUGCUACUUACUCUUGACAUUGCUGUCCUUACUGCUUGGUUCUUGGUUUUAAUUAAAAAUUAGAUGUAGCCCGAUCAUUCUUCCAAAAGGGUGGAGCUAUAAAUGGCUAACGGAUCUUGUGAUAAGAAUACUUAUUUUUCCUAAAGCAGACAUUUAAUUGUAAUCUAAAUUGAUUUACAAAAAUGAGACUGGCAUUUCCUGGGUAUUCUAUUCGGCCUAAAUCCUAAACUGCACAGAAGCACGAAGGAAUAAUGAGUGGUUUCAUCGGUGCUAUAUUAGGUUCUCUGCUGAAUUUCAUGGCGCUGUGUUUGAAAAUAUAGUAUAAAAUGUGGAUCAUUUUGUUACCAAUUUAAUAUUGCCAUUUUAAUUUGGUGUUACAAUUGUUUCUCAGCUAUGUUCUGAGAAGAGGUAAAAUGUGUUAUUAGCCUACCUCCACUCGGGCCUCUUGCUAUAUGAUCAUUUUCCAGGUUAUGAUGUGCAUAGAUUUUAAAACUACAUGCUCUUUCCCAUAGAUAGACUCUUAUAUUCAGAACCUAAAAUUAUACCAAAAGAGCCAAGCAGUAGCAUUGUUUUUUUUGUAAAUGUAAAAAUAGAUCCAGACUUUGUUUCCUUAUUCAAUUUUAAAAAUAAAAAAUACCUCAGUGCUGUUUUUCAGUAUCACCUGCAUUUCUCAAAAAAUAACACCUGCUUUAUGUGGCACAUAACUUGUAAGAAUCACACUAUUUUGGAUUUUAAAGACAGACUAUUAAAUAUUUUAAAAUCACUACCAAUGACAUUUUCUUUUCUUUUAUUCAGCAACUGCGUUAGUGAUUUUUACCUUGUAGCUUAAGUCCAAGCUACCAAAUUCUCUCAGAGUAGUUAUGUCCUGUUACAAGAUUGUGGUGCCUCAGAAAGCUAUGCUGUUAUUCACAUAUGAAGCUGGUAAUGGGACUGGCUGCCUGCACUGGCAAGUCUGGGCUGUGAUGGUACCAGCUAUUUUCUAACGAGGAAUUAUCCUUUCUGUUCUUGGAAAAGAAAAACGUAAUUCCUUGCUUGUUCUGUUUACAGUGAUCUAAGGCAGUGUUAGGGGUAUCUAACUGCAGAGAAUGAUAGUGUAAUCUGGGGAUUUAACCUGGAAUUUCUAUGGAGUGCUUUACCUUCAUUCAUGAACAUUGUGUUUUUUCUACCCUGUAAUAUACACUUCUUAUGGUAGUUAGAGAACUCCUUGAAAGUUUCCAAAAACAACUUUUCAUCAGUAUGUGCUACUGCUACUUUUAAACUGAUAACCCCUUUUAGAUCUCUUCACAAUAGUGGUUAGCUGUCUUUCCAGCAGAGUUGCUACUGCAGAAGCAUUCUGCUGCAUUGACAGUGCUGGGUGAUUAACUAGAUUCUUUCAUAAUCUCUUCAAAUUACAAAUUACUGUACGUUGUGAACCUUUCUAGUAGCUCAGUAAACCUCACUUGCCGUGUGUCUCACAAGGAACAUGGGAGUUUCUAUAGAACUGUCCUUUGGGCUAAAGAGGCCACUAAUGGCAGUGUUACUGCAUGUGGUAAGAGAACACAUCAGGCUGGGAGAAAGCAGUUAUGCUGCUUGCAUGGAAUAUAAUUAGCAGUCAAGUUAGAAUAUACUUAAAUAACAGUGAUUACUGAAGGUGCUGUGAUAAAACGAGGUAGCCUUGCCAUAACCAAUGAUUACAGGCUCUAGAAUUAAACUGUCUGGUUUGACUCCCUGCUCUCCCACAUUACCUUGGACGAAUUAACUUUUUUCUUUAAACCUUGUAUUAGUAUCUGCCACCUUAUAGAACUGUGUGAGGGUUGAGUAAGAGAGUGUUUUAGAAUAAUGCUUGGCUCCUGUUUUU